AUGUUUCAUAGAACAGCAGCAAUACGUUGCAAGAAUCAAGUCAUAAAAAAUAUAGUGUAUUAUUCAACGUCAAAGCAUCGUCGGGUUAUCGCUAUUAGAAGGGAAGAUCAAUCAGUAUGGGAGAGACGAGCCCCCUUCUCACCUACCAACGUCAACAGACUUGUUCGAAAUGGCGUCAAAGUUAUUGUACAGCCAUCCAAUCGUCGAGCUUAUCCUAUGCAGUCUUACAUAAACGCGGGAGCAAUUAUUCAAGAGGAUAUCAGUGAGGCGAGCGUCAUAUUUGGCGUCAAACAAACACCUGUAGAUCUCUUGAUACCAAACAAGACAUAUUGCUUCUUCUCUCACACAAUCAAGGCACAAGAAGCAAACAUGCCCAUGUUGGACGCUAUAUUAGCUAAGAACAUCCGUCUUAUAGAUUACGAGAAACUGAUGGACGAUGCUGGUAACAGGGUCGUAGCGUUCGGUAAAUACGCCGGUGUAGCGGGAAUGAUCAACAUUCUACAUGGCCUUGGACUACGACUGCUGGCUUUAGGACAUCAUACGCCGUUCAUGCACAUCGGACCAGCCCACAAUUACCGUAACUCAAUGAUGGCUCGCCAGGCUAUAAGAGAUGCCGGUUAUGAGGUUGCUCUCGGAAUGAUGCCCAAAUCAUUAGGACCACUCACCUUCGUUUUCACUGGGUCGGGAAAUGUUUCACAGGGGAGUCAAGAGAUAUUUCAGGAGUUGCCUCACGAGUAUGUACCUCCAGAAAUGUUGAGGAAGGUCGCUGAACACGGCAGCCCAAAUAAAAUAUACGGUUGUGAGGUGAGGAGACGUCAUCAUCUGGUAAGGAAGAACGGCGGUGGUUACGACCAUGAAGAAUAUGAAGAACACCCUGAAAGAUAUAUAUCGGUUUUUGCACAAAAGAUAGCUCCAUAUACAUCAGUUUUGGUGAAUGGUAUCUACUGGGCGGUGGACAGUCCUAAACUCCUCACUAUUCCUGAUGCCAAGCAUCUUCUGAUGCCGUCACAUACACCCUGGCUCCCGAAGAGCGUUGGGGCGCCAGCAUUACCACAUCGAAUGCUGGCCAUUUGCGACAUAUCAGCGGAUCCAGGCGGUUCUAUCGAGUUCAUGACAGAUUGUACGACCAUUGACACACCGUUCUGUCUCUACGACGCUGACAGAAACAAGGACACGAAGAGUUUCAAAGGUCCGGGUGUAUUGGUGUGUUCUAUCGACAACAUGCCGACACAGUUGCCCAGAGAAUCAACAGAUUUCUUCGGUGAUCUCCUCUAUCCAUACGCCGAAGAUAUCAUGAGUUCCGAUGCAUCAAGACCUCUUGAAGAACACAAAUUCUCAUCCGUCGUACAAGGAGCUAUAAUAACGAGCAACGGAAAGCUGACCCCAUCAUACGAAUACAUCAACGAAUUGAGAAUGUCGAAUAUCCGUUCCCGUCAUAAGGUGGAACGUGAUGACGAACAAACACCAGUCGUGAUUCUGGGCAGUGGAUCAGUAUCCGCGCCAGUAGUCGAGUAUCUCGCUAGGGAUAGCAAAUUUGCAGUAACUGUCGCAUCGCAAGUGAAAGAGGAGGCGGAUGCGUUAGCACAGCGUUAUGGCGUUAGUUCGGAGUAUUUAGACGCGAGUGAUGAUCAGGCCUUGAAGAAGAUAGCGUCAAGUAAUAGGCUGGUGAUAUCGUUAUUGCCUUAUGAGCUGCAUGGAGCGGUGGCGCGUGCGUGUGUGAGUUCACGCACACACAUGGUCACGGCCUCGUAUGUACGACCUGAGGUGCAAGAAGUGGAUGAAGCUGCUAAAGAUGCUGGUAUAACAAUAUUAAACGAGGUGGGACUUGACCCUGGUAUUGAUCACUUAUUGGCGUUAGAAUGUAUACACGACGUUCAAAACCAUGGAGGAAGAAUCGACUCUUUCGUGUCAUAUUGUGGAGGUCUCCCAGCCCCUGAAUUCAGUGAUAAUGCACUUCGAUACAAAUUCUCCUGGAACCCGAGAGGCGUUUUAUUGAACACUAUAUCAGCUGCCAAAUAUCUUAGUCGAGGACAGGUCGUUGAAGUAUUGAGUGGUGGAGAAUUGAUGUCGGUUGCAAGGGACUUAGACUUUCUGCCCGGAUUUGCGUUCGAAGGUUUCCCUAAUAGGGAUAGCACGAAAUAUUCAUCAUUGUAUGGAAUAGACGACGCACAUACUAUGUUCAGGGGAACUCUGAGAUACAAAGGUUUUGCUGAAACUAUGAAGGCAAUGCAACUCUUCGGCUUCGUAGAUCCGAACCCUCAUCCAUCCUUACACCCUGAAGGACCACAAAUUACUUGGCGUCAGUUCGCGUGUGAGCUUCUCGGUCUAGUGGACCAGUCGAUAUUCUAUGAGAAUCUGAAGACUCGUCUGUCGGAGCGUCUUGGAAGCGUCGGGGCGUCGGCGUUAGAAUCGCUUGGUCUCCUCAGCGACGAUCUCAUUGUGAAGUGCGGCACACCACUAGACACACUCAGUCUCUACCUCAGCAAGAGACUACAACUUGAGAAGGAUGAAACGGAUUUCGUGGUGCUGCGUCAUGAGGUCGGUGUGACGUGGAGUGACGGACGUCGGGAGCGUCGAGAGGUCACUAUGGCAGUGAGGGGAGACGUUUCUCAACACACCGCUAUGGCGAGGACUGUCGGCCUGCCUACUGCUAUAGCCGCCAAGAUGGUACUUGAUGGUGAGAUUCAACAGCGUGGUGUAGUGCUACCCUUCGCCCCGGUCGUCUACAAAUCUCUAUUGUCGAGAUUACGCGCCGAGGGAAUCACUGCUAAGGAAGUCAUAAGACCUCUUAAUUGA